GGAAGCAGAACAUGGAUCUGAGAAAGUGAAUUGGACUUACGUUUUAUGAUGAAGUGGAUUAUUCAGUUAUGUAUAGGUGUUUCUUUUAUCCAUGCCGUCCACUGCGCGCCCGGCAGCGGAACCGGGGGCACCAAACCGUCGUAUUCCAGGAGCCUGGAAACAUCCCUACGUAAUGAGCUGUUCACCCUCGGGUCUUAUUCUGAACUACAGAGACCCCAGGAGAGGAUGAGUGUCAAGGUCUCCUUAACUGUACUCACCGUCAAUGAUCUGGACAUCAAGAACCAAGUAAUGUCGGUGUCCGGAUAUCUUUCUCUGAGUUGGUUUGAUGAAAGACUUUCCUGGGACAAUACCUCAGCCACAACACAGGACUACACUAAUAUCAGAUUUCUGUUCAGUACCGAGACUUACGUCUGGCGCCCAGCUAUCAUAAUAGAGAACUCAGUCCAAGACAUUUCUGUGAUCAGCGAUAAGAACAUCCCAAUGAGGAUCAUGAGCAAUGGAUACAUCACUUGGAAUCCGGCGGGAAUAUAUCUUGUGGCCUGUAGCUGCGACAUAACCUACUACCCUCUUGACGAACAGACAUGUACAAUCAAAGUAAGCACGUGGGGAUACACAAGCAACGAGAUAAGUCUUGAAUUUGACAUACCAGCAGUUGACAUGAGUUUUUACAGUGAAAAUGGAGAAUGGUUGCUCACAGAUGCAGCGGGAGAAAAAUCUCGUGAAAUGUCUCGUGGAGGACAAACGUUUUCGAGUCUCACAUUCAGCGUUACGUUAAAGAGAAGACCUAUGUUCCAUGCUCUCAACACUAUGGUUCCAGUGGCGCUAAUGGCGUUCCUUAUUCCAAUGGUAUUUAAACUCCCGGUGGACUCCGGAGAGAAGAUCGGAUACUCUCUGACAGUACUGCUGGCUUAUGCUGUUUAUUUGACCCUGAUUUCGGACAAUAUUCCGAGCACUUCUGUCUCCGUGUGCUACCUUACUGUGUACCUGGUUAUCGUUCUUGCAUUGGGUGUCCUUUCCGUUGUAUUCGUUAUCCUUGUUAUUGCCACCCGCCACAAGGGCGACGAGAACGUUUCUGCAUGCUUGGCUCGGAUUGGUCGCUUCAUGGCUAUGGUGUCCUGUGCCGGAAGUUGUUGUAAAAAGGGAAACUCUGAUUCGGUGACGGCAAUAGGAGAACCGAAUAAACUUCCGCCAAAGAUCGGGAAAUCGGUCGUAGGAUUUGAAGAUGACGAUAAAGAGUUACAAACCUCAAUGACACAUGAAGACUUUUCCAAAAUUCUUGACCGAUUCCUUUUUGUUAGUUAUAUUUUGACUGUUAUUCUGACGACAGUAAUAUUUGCAGUAAUGAUUUUCAGUAAUCAGUAAUUCUAUUGAUUAUCAAAAUGACGGGUACAUUUUGAAGAUUACAGAAAACAUUGAACAAUCACAGUGAAAAACAAAAAGUUGCACAAUAAUUGCAAUGCAAAACAGAAAGAAUUGGUCAGAAAAAAACACCAUGGGUAUGUUCUAAUUAGCUGCUCUGUUCGUGGAGAUUAUUAUGUGAAUUAAUGAGAUUUCUGACUUAAAUGUACAGAGUUUAUGUGCUAUUCGUUAAAAGCUGUCAAGUUUGACUAUGUAUUACCAGCCAUAUGGCUCCCUUUGGUGUUGGUGAAAAAAUAAAUUA